AAUAUUAAAAUGUACUAACCCUCGAGGAAGUACAAGAAAAAGAAAACAUUUGCUAUCUUUACAUUUAAAAAAUGGGUAAAUUCCCAUCUUUGAUGAUAAUGCUCGCUUCUUCUCUUGUUUUUCUCCUUAAAACCCUCGAAAUUGUUAAUGGCGCCAUGUGUUAUGGAAGCUUAGCCGGCAACAGCAGCUACGCUCAGAAUCGCAAAAAUCUCUUCUCUACUCUUUCUGAUAAAGUCCUUGCUAACGGCGGAUUCUACAACGUUUCACUCGGCCAAUAUCCCAACAGAGUCUACGCUCUUGGCCUCUGUGCAAGAGGCUUCAAGCCAAAAGCUUGUUCCAGUUGUCUCGAAAGAUUGAGCCUGGAAACACAAAGGGAUUGUCCAAACAUCAUGGACUCGUUCGUUUGGGGCGUUGACGAUGAAGAGCUUGUUUCUUGUCUCGUACGUUCCUCAAACCACUCGUUUGGGAACCUCGAGAUUAGUCCUCCUGAUAUAGGUAUAAGUCCAGAUCAUAUCGGGCCAUUGAUAAACAUGACCCUAUUCAUGCUACAAUGGGAAUCAACGGUUAAUAGGACUCUCACGGCUGCCACAAAAGCUAAUGCUUCCUCGGCACAUAAGUACUAUAGUGCCUCAUACGCCGAGUUCACAGCGUUUCCGAAUGUUUACAUGCUGAUGCAAUGCACACCCGACAUAACUUCUCAAGGCUGCAAGCAAUGUUUGGAAGCUUGUUUGAAAUACUUUAGAGAACAGUUUCCGGGAAGAACAGUGGGCAUGGCUACUUUUCCAAGCUGUUUUUUCAGAUGGGAUCUAUUUUCUUUCUAUGGUGCUUUUCUGAAUGUUACAAGAGUUCCUGCACUUCCUCGACCUCAGGAUCAGGAAAAGGGGAGCUCUAUACCAGAUAAGAAAGGAAGAAGCAUGAAUAGAGGAAUUAUCACGAUAAUUGUGGUUCUUACUUUCAUUCAUCUUUUCGUAUUUAUUGGUUUCUACAAAGUCAUAGCUCGGAGGAGAAAAUUAAACAACGGAAAAAAUGGUAAGUGCACCUUUUUUCUUACUUCAGUCAACCUUUCUGAUGACUUAUUUAUUUUCAUUUUAGUUGGUGGUGCAGAAUACUAUGAUUCAGAUGGUCAGUUUAUGUUACGGUAUGAUCUUUGUAUGAUCUUAUCGGCAACGGCUGACUUUUCGCCUAAAAAUAAGCUUGGCCAAGGUGGAUUUGGUACGGUCUAUAAGGGGAAACUACUUAACGGGAAAGAGAUAGCAGUGAAGAGAUUAACGAGAGGUUCAGAAGGAGGUAUAGAGUUUAAGAAUGAGGUUUCACUCUUGACAAGACUCCAACAUAAGAAUCUGGUUAAGCUGCUUGGUUUCUGUAAUGAAGGAGAUGAAAAGAUUCUUGUCUACGAGUUUGUUCCGCAUUCAAGUCUUGACCGCUUUAUCUUCGAUGAGGAAAAGCGUUCUCUUCUUACAUGGGAAGUGAGGUUUAAAAUUAUAGAAGGCAUUGCUCGAGGUCUUGUUUACCUCCAUGAAGAUUCUCAGCUGAUGAUUAUUCACCGAGACUUGAAGGCAAGCAACGUCCUUCUAGAUGCAGAAAUGAACCCAAAAGUUGCAGAUUUUGGGACAGCGAGGCUGUUUGACACCGAUGAGACUCGAGCUGAAACAAAACGAAUAGCUGGAACCCGUGGAUAUAUGGCUCCUGAAUACAUGAAUCACGGGCGAAUCUCAGCUAAAACUGAUGUCUAUAGCUUCGGUGUCGUACUUCUAGAGAUGAUAAGUGGUAAAAGAAAUAAUAGCUUUGAAGGAGAAGGAAUUGCAGCUUUUGCAUGGAAGAGAUGGUCUGAAGGAAGGCCUGAUGUUAUAAUUGAUCCUUUAUUGGUAGAAAAACCGUGUGUCCAGAUCAUUAAGUUGAUACAGACUGGUUUGUUGUGUGUUCAAGAGGAAGCAACAAAGAGACCAACCAUGAGCUCUGUAAUGGUUUGGCUUGGCAGUGAGACCAUCACCAUUCCGUCACCUAAGGGUCCUGCUUUCACAGAGAGUUAUUCUCAAUCUGAAGAUGGUACAAUGUCCAUGAGCAUUGUCUUCACGGAGUUAAGUUCUCGUUGAGUUAUAAGCUGUUAAUCUAUAUGUUACUUUAAGGUGCAACAAAUGUACUACUUGUGUUGAAUUGAAAACAGAUAAAAAAUAUGAAUCUUAUUAUAUAAAAUUAUUAGAUUUUUGAAAGUUGCUAA